UUGUUCAGUUCUUCCAUUCCAGAUGCUGUGGUCUUCAAAGCCGGUUUCAAUCGUCUUAAUUUACACUAUGAAGUGGUUCAAAAGCCAGACGGCGAUGUCACUGCUGAACUCGCCCGACUGAUAAAAACCAGAGGAGCCGGUAUACGUGCAGCAUUCUACCAUGCCGAUAUGGACUCGUCCCGACGGACAGCUGUUCAUGAGAAAUGGGUUAGCGGCAAGUAUAAUGUCAUCGUAGCUACUGUAGCUUUCGCUGUUUGCAUUCUGUAUUUCCGCUUGUCGGAUGUAUUUCGGCAAAGCACAAUGGUGUGCACAGAACGUACCGGUAUUAGGAAUCUGUAUGCAAUGGUCCGUUAUGCAACCACGCCUGGUGUGUGCCGGCGUAGGCAUUUGGCCGAUCAUUUUGAGGAACCUUGGAGCAGUGAGCUCUGUCCAAAAGCCUGUGAUGUGUGCGCAUGCUCCUCUGAGGUUACAAAUAUAGAUAUUUCGGCAAUUGUCCGGGCUAUGUUGAAGACUAUUCGAGAGGACUAUUCACUCUUUUUUUUCAGAAUGACGUUGCCUGAGCUGUACAGGUUUUUAAAUGACAGUUCAGAUGGAUUCCAUAACACAUUCCUACGCGAAUUGAUUGCAUCUUUUCUGGGAGAACUUCUACUGUUGAUCACUAUUUCACUUUUCGGUGCCUCCAUUUAUUGCCUGGUAUGUUAUUGCUUCGUAGCUCUAUUUUCUACCACUUAG